UCACUCCCAGCGCAGUGUGUCCAGCCUCUCUCUCGCUCAUUGCGCGCUGCGGACUCCAAAGGCGGUGAAGUUUAUCACGUAUUCUUUUAUCGCAGGGCUUCAGAGGAAGCCGCCUCAUGAGGAAGUGUGAACGGUGAAAAGGCGAAAGGUCAGAGGUCAGGAUGACGACAGUAGCCGCAGAAUACGAGCACAUGGACAUCCAGCAGCAAUACCAGGACAGUGUCAACAACCGCUGGGAGGACGAAUGGGACAAUGAGAACAGCUCGGCCCGAUUAUUCGAGCGCUCGCGCAUCAAGGCUCUGGCAGACGAGCGAGAGGCCGUGCAGAAGAAGACCUUCACCAAAUGGGUGAACUCACACCUGUCUCGCGUGUCGUGCCGGAUCACGGAUCUCUACAUGGUUACACCCAAGCCGACGAAGGGCCGCAUGCGAAUCCACUGUCUGGAGAACGUGGACAAGGCCCUGCAGUUCCUCAAGGAGCAGCGCGUGCAUCUGGAGAACAUGGGGUCACAUGAUAUCGUGGACGGAAACCACCGACUCACGCUCGGACUCAUCUGGACCAUCAUCCUCCGCUUCCAGGUGCUCGACAACGCCAUUGAGACGGAGAAGAUGAUCGAGAAAUAUGAAUCUCUGGCGUCUGAUCUGCUGGAGUGGAUUGAACAAACCAUCAUCAUCCUCAACAACCGCAAGUUUGCAAACUCUCUGGUUGGAGUCCAGCAGCAGCUGCAGGCCUUCAACACUUACAGGACCGUGGAGAAACCACCCAAAUUCACUGAGAAAGGCAACCUGGAAGUGCUUCUGUUCACCAUACAGAGCAAGAUGAGGGCCAAUAACCAGAAAGUGUACAUGCCACGAGAGGGCAAACUCAUCUCAGACAUCAACAAGGCGUGGGAGCGUCUGGAGAAGGCGGAGCACGAGCGUGAGCUGGCGCUGAGGACCGAGCUGAUUCGACAGGAGAAGCUGGAGCAGCUCGCCAGACGCUUCGACCGCAAGGCUGCCAUGAGAGAGACCUGGCUGAGCGAGAACCAGCGCCUCGUUUCCCAGGACAAUUUCGGAUUCGACCUCCAGGCGGUCGAGGCAGCUACCAAAAAACACGAAGCCAUUGAGACGGACAUCGCGGCGUACGAGGAGCGCGUGCUGGCGGUGGUGGCCGUGGCCAGAGAGCUGGAGACAGAGAACUACCACGACAUCAAGCGCAUCGCCGCGCGCAAAGACAACGUGCUGCGUCUGUGGGAGUAUCUGCUGGAGCUGCUCAAAGCGCGCAGACAGCGGCUGGAGAUGAACCUCGGCCUGCAGCGCGUCUUCCAGGAGAUGCUCUACAUCAUGGACUGGAUGGACGAGAUGAAGAUGCUGCUGCUGUCUCAGGAUUACGGGAAGCAUUUGCUGGGAGUGGAGGAUCUGCUGCAGAAGCACGCUCUGGUGGAGGCCGACAUCGGCAUACAGGCCGACCGCGUCAAAGCCGUCAACGCCAACGCACAGAAGCUUGCCGUGGAUGAGGAGGGUAAGAAGAGCUCUCUGUUCACCGCAAAUCCAAUAGAAGCACAUCUUAGCUUGACUGUUUUUGCGUCCUCUGCUCAGCUGUCCCUGUGGAUCAAUGAGAAGAUGCUGACAGCACAGGACAUGUCCUACGAUGAAGCUCGCAACCUGCACAGCAAAUGGCUCAAACACCAGGCCUUCAUGGCCGAACUGCAGUCCAACAAAGAAUGGCUGGACAAAAUCGAGAAGGAAGGGACGCAGCUUGUUUCGGAGAAGCCAGAGACAGAAGCCAUAGUGAAGGAGAAGCUGGCCACGUUGCAGAAGAUGUGGACCGAACUGGAAACUACGACUCAGACUAAAGCCCAGUGUCUGUUUGAUGCCAACAAGGCCGAACUCUUCACGCAGAGCUGCGCCGAUCUGGACAAGUGGCUGGUGGGUCUGGAGGGUCAGAUCCAAUCGGACGACUACGGCAAAGAUCUGACCAGCGUCAGCAUCCUGAUGAAGAAACAACAGAUGCUGGAGAACCAGGUGGAGGUGCGUCAGAGGGAGGUGGAGGAGCUCCAGUACAUAAUUAAAAACAGGUUUUCCACACACACACUUACUCAAACGUCCUUUAAUCCACAGACAUUACAGAAGGAGAUCCAGGGCCAUCAGCCGCGCUGCGACGACAUCUUCGAGCGCAGCCAGAGCAUCCUGAAGGCCGACAGUCCCAACGUGGAAGCCAUCCAAGCCCGUCUGUCCGACCUGCAGCAGCUGUGGAGCCUGAUCAUCCAGGAGACGGAGAAACGGCACGCCAGACUCGAGGAGGCCCACAAGGCCCAGCAGUACUACUUUGACGCAGCUGAAGCUGAAGCCUGGAUGAGCGAGCAGGAGCUCUACAUGAUGUCUGAAGAGAAGGCCAAGGAUGAGCAGAGCUCAGUGGCCAUGCUGAAGAAACACCAGAUCUUGGAGCAGGCGGUGGAGGACUAUGCUGAAAACGUGCACCAACUGUCCAAGACGAGCCGAGGCCUGGUGGCCGCAAACCACCCCGAGAGUGAGAGGAUCGGCAUGCGUCAGUCACAGGUGGAUAAGCUGUACGCCGGACUGAAGGACCUAUCAGAGGAGAGGAGAGGCAAACUGGAGGAGCGCUUCCGCCUCUUCCAGCUCAACCGGGAAGUGGACGAUCUGGAGCAGUGGAUCGCCGAGAGAGAGGUGGUGGCUGGAUCUCACGAGCUCGGACAAGACUACGAACACGUCACGAUGUUGCAGGAGCGCUUCCGAGAGUUUGCUCGCGACACGGGAAACAUCGGUCAGGAGCGUGUGGACGGCGUGAACCGCAUGGCUGACGAGCUCAUAAACGCAGGGCACACUGACGCGGCGACUGUUGCCGAGUGGAAGGACGGUCUGAACGAGGCCUGGGCCGAUCUGCUGGAGCUCAUCGACACACGCACGCAGAUUCUUGCCGCGUCCUACGAGCUGCACAAGUUCUACCACGACGCCAAGGAGAUUCUGGGCCGCAUCCUGGACAAGCACAAGAAGCUUCCAGAAGAGCUGGGCCGAGACCAGAACACAGUGGAAACUUUGCAGAGGAUGCACACCACGUUUGAACACGACAUUCAAGCUCUCGGGACGCAGGUCAGGCAGCUGCAGGAGGACGCCGUGCGCCUGCAGUCAGCGUAUGCUGGAGACAAAGCGGACGACAUCCAGCGGCGUGAGGGAGAGGUGCUGGAGGCCUGGAGGAGUCUGCUGGAGGCCUGCGAGGGCCGAAGGGCCCGACUGCUCGACACCGGAGACAAGUUCCGCUUCUUCAGUAUGGUGCGGGACCUCAUGCUCUGGAUGGAGGACGUCAUCCGCCUCAUCGAGACGCAGGAGAAGCCCAGGGACGUGUCGUCUGUCGAGCUUCUCAUGAACAACCACCAGGGUAUCAAGGCUGAAAUCGAUGCCCGUAACGACAGUUUCACGACCUGCAUCGAGCUGGGCAAGUCUCUCCUGGCACGGAAACACUAUGCAUCAGAGGAGAUCAAAGAGAAGUUGUUGCAGUUGACGGACAAGAGGAAAGAUAUGAUUGACAAGUGGGAGGACAGAUGGGAGUGGCUUAGACUGAUUUUGGAAGUGCACCAGUUUUCACGUGACGCCGGCGUGGCAGAGGCGUGGCUGCUGGGACAGGAGCCGUACCUGUCUGGCAGAGAGAUGGGACAGAGUGUGGACGAGGUGGAGAAGCUGAUCAAACGUCACGAAGCCUUCGAGAAAUCGGCCGCUACUGUGUGUGGGUGUGUGUGUGUGUGUGCUCACAGAGAAGGAGAGCAGAUUGCCCAGAACGGACUGCCAUCAGACCAGGACUCUCCACGGGAUGGAGUGGAGGGCGAGAUGAACGGAGUGGCUGAGAGGAGCUCGAAGGAGCCGAGUCCCAUCCCGUCUCCGAGCGCAGACAGACGGGCCAAAGGCAGUCAGUCAGCCACACUGCCGGCGAAGGGUCAGGAGACGACGUCUGCGCAGCUGGAGGGAUUCCUGCACCGCAAACACGAGUGGGAGGGACACAACAAGAAAGCCUCCAGCAGAUCCUGGCAUAACGUGUACUGCGUCAUCAAUAACCACGAGAUGGGCUUCUACAAAGACAACAAGAGCGCGGCGCAGGGCGUCCCGUACCACAGCGAGAUCCCCAUCAGCCUGAAGGACGCCGUCUGCGAGGUGGCCGUCGACUACAAGAAGAAGAAGCACGUCUUCAAGCUCAGAGUUACUGAUGGAAAUGAGUAUCUCUUCCAAGCCAAAGAUGAUGAGGAGAUGAACACAUGGAUCCAGGCCAUUCAGAACGCCGGCAGCGGCUCCUCGUCCUCUGAGAAGUCAGAGAUCACGCCUAGCAACCAGAGCCCCCCCGCCUCCAGCCGCGCCCACACGCUCCCGGCAACCGUCACCCUGACGACCGAAUCCAGCCCCGGCAAGCGCGAGAAGGACAAGGAGAAGCGCUUCAGUCUCUUCAGCAAGAAGAAGCAGUAGACAACCGAAACAUUCGAUUCGCUCAUUCCCUCGAUUCUUUUACGACUUUCCGUUUGUGUCCGCCCACCUCCUCCAGUGAUAUCCCAGCAUGCAAAGCUCAUAAAGACGCCACAAUCUGUGCCUGAAAGCCCGCGAAUUGGGUCCAAAGUUGUACAAAACGCAAGGAAAAUCAAGAGUGUGUCGCGAUUCGGGAACGUCGGCGAUUCGAAUGCGUUUUUUUUACGCUCUUCCGUUUCUAUCGUGGUUGAUUUCGAAUUCUGACUAUUGCUAA